AUGAGGAAGCGCCUGAUUCAAAUUUUUGGCUUUUUGAUCACAUCACUGGGAUGGCUGUUUGUCCUGUGCACCAUGGCCAUGGACUUCUGGAGGAUCAGCCAAAUAGGAGGACAAGGAGGCUCCUUCAUCAUCAAAGUUGCCUGGUACUGGUCCAACCUCUGGAAGGAUUGUUUCUCCGAUUCCACAGCCGUCACCAACUGCAGAGACUUCGGUGUGCUCUGGGCUGUCACCCCUUACGUUCAGGGAGUGCGAGGGUUGCUAAUGUGCGGCUUAACUCUGGGAUUUUUUGCCGUCGUACUUUGCUUUGUUGGGAUGGACUGCACUUAUAUCGGAGGAGCUGAUAAAACCAAGGACAAGCUGCUUCUUUCCGGAGCAGUGUUUCAUGUUGCUGGAAGUGUGGCUGAUCUUGCCGCCUACUGCUUAUACAUAAACAGGGUUGCCAGAACAGCCUUUGCUUCCAGUAUAGGGCCAGGAAUUUUACGGUAUGACCUUGGACCUCCCAUAUUCCUAGGAUUGGUGGGAUGUUUCCUUAUCCUUUUAGGGGCUAUGUUUUAUGCCGUGACAGUCUGCCGAGUGCUCUGCCCAGAAAGUCAAGUGGUAUAUGCCUAUGGAGGAGGCACAUACAUGUCCCCUCGCUCCAGAGGAAGAACCCUGUACACUGGAUACUACAAACCCUCCAGGUUGUACGGAUCUUACACAGGCACAGGACGAUCCAGCAGCUCCAAGAUCUCAAAGAUCUCUCAGACGACGCGGACGAAAAAGUCGGAAAGGGAUGCCUUUGUGUAGUGACCGGAUGCUCGAACACGAGAUAACAUAAUGUAGAUAGGAUGUACCUUCCUCUUCAGUGCAUCAAUAUGUACAAUUGUAAUGUUUGUAUUCUUAUAUUCUGUAUGAAAUUGUGUUUACUCAUAAUUUGUUAACUUUGUUGUAUUGUAACCAAAGCACGUAUUACAAUCAAAAUGGAAAAAGACAAUUUUUUUUUAAAAAAAGCAACAUUUUCAUUUUUGCUAAUGUUAGAUGCCAGAAGCAAGCAUGCAGUAGAGGGGUUUCUUUUUCAAUAUUUGUGGAAAAAGUGUGACAAAACAGAAAAAAAAAGUCCUUGGUUUCUGUCACUUUAAUCAUCCAUCAAAGGAUUCAUUUUUCCUUGCAGUGAAAAGUUUCCACAGUAAGUGGUAAGUUUGUUCCACCAUUACCUGCGAGU